CAUCUUUUGACGAGACCAGUCAGUGUCAGAUCACUUUUGUUCAGAAUCCAGAUAAGAGAGGAAGAAGAAGGACUACACUGGAGACUUUACUGAAGCAUAUCAGCUAAAUUACCAGUUUUAAGACGACCCUCAUGGAGAGAAACACAACUUCUCCCCUGUUCCCCGGCAAUCACAGCCACACCAACAGCUCGUGUUCCCGGGACAACGUUUUGAAGACGGUGGUGUUUCCUGUUCUCUACUCCGUUCUCUUCCUGGUGGGGCUGGUGCUCAACGGCGUGGCUGUUUGGGUGUUUUUUCGCAUCCCCUCCAAGUCUCACUUCAUUAUUUACCUGAAGAAUAUUGUGGUUGCGGAUGUCAUCAUGACGUUCUGCUUCCCUUUCAAGGUGUUAUCAGACUCCAACAUGGCUUCCACUGGGCUGCGCAUAUUCGUGUGUCGGGUGUCCUCGGUGCUCUUCUACCUCACCAUGUACAUCAGCAUCCUCUUCUUCGGCCUCAUCAGCAUCGAUCGCUGCAGAAAAACCCUCAAGCCCUUUAGGGGGACCAAUGCAGCCCGCUUGGCCCGUCGCAAACUCCUUUCCGGAGCCAUCUGGACCUUUCUGCUGGUUCUGUGUCUGCCUAAUGUGAUCCUGACGCGUAAACCCCCAACGUCUCCAUAUUUCAAGUGCAGUAACCUGAAGACAGAGGGUGGGCUGUACUGGCAUGAGGUGGUAAAUCAUGUCUGUCAAGUGAUUUUCUGGAGCAACCUUGUGACUGUGAUCGUAUGCUACACUCUAAUCACCAAAGAGCUGUACAGAUCCUACGCCCGCACUAAGGCCCGCAGCACUGGAGGGACUGUUUCGGGGGAAUCAACUCGGAAACCCCACCAGGCCAAAAGGAAAAUGAAUGCAAACGUGUUCCUGGUUCUGGCGGUGUUCUUUGUGUGCUUUGUGCCAUUUCACUUUGCCCGUGUGCCGUACACCAUGAGCCAGACCCGAAGAGUUCUCUUUGAUUGCAAACUCAAACUCUUCUUCUUUCAGCUCAAGGAAAGCACGCUCUUCCUGUCAUCUUUAAACUCCCUUCUGGACCCUCUCAUCUACUUUUUCCUCUGUAAAUCCUUCAGGACAACUCUGUUCAAGACCCUGCGGCUGCCUCCUGGUACCUGCGGCAGGCUGACAGGGAGAGGGUCAGACACGGACCCAGGCAGCACCACUCUGUGACUCUUCUCUUCAGCAUAAAACCACUGGGCAUGAUAAAGACUUUUGUAAUGUGAUAUCUGAAUGUGUACAUUCUGUGAUUAUGUCCUGUUUUUAAGAAUGGGAUGAAAUCCAAAUUCAGCUUUUUGACAAAACAUUGGAGAAAAGCACUUCCUGACAGACACGGUGGUCUAUUUUCUGUAUUUGUAAUCAACGUGUUGAUCAUAACAGUGUUAUUCCCAUCCCUUUGAAAACCUGUCCUUUCAACAUUUUAUUAUCUGUGAAAAACAAACCGUUUCAAACCUGAAGAUCUUUGUUUUUCUUUCAGUUCUUCAUUCCACCUAAUAACAAAAUGAAGUUCCUCCUCUAUUCAUUACAUAGCUGCUUAUCUAAUGUGAUGCAUUCAUUUAAAAACUGAAACUAAAUCUACAUCCAACUGUGUAAUGAACCUUAAGUCUUACAAAUAAUCUCCUGUCAGUACAAAGUGAACUUUUUAUAGUUGCCUGUGCAUGAAGGCAGUUUAGUUAUGUUUGGAUUGACUGAUUAUUUAGGAUA